AAUCAAAUUUCGAUACGUCUACGUUUUCAAAAAAACGUACUGCUACUGAAGACGAUAAAAUUGAUACACCAGGAAAGUUUUUAAAUUCUCAAAAUCAGUUAAUAGUGAAAAUCACCGAAGACAUGGUCUCUAAGAAAGCUUUAGAUGACUUAUACACGAAUAUAAUGCAAUCAGAUGUUGUUCGGAAGGGUAAUGAUGAAUGA